AUGCACAAAACCCUAGAUUUGAUUCUUAGAGUCAUAAAGAUAAGAAGUCUCUGUGGUACUGUUAAAAAACAAACAUUGCACUGCUAUUUGUCGUUGCGCUUCCGCCGGGUAGACAUUGACGAGUUUGACGAGAACAAAUUUGUGGAUGAACAGGAGAAGGCAGCAGCUGCGGGAGAGCCAGGCCCGAAUCCUAUCGAGGUGGACGGACUUCUGCAGCAAGGGGACAUGCUUCAGGCAUUCCAUGCGGCCUUGAGGAACUCUCCAAUCAACACCAAGAAUCAAGCUGUAAAGGAGCGAGCCCAGGGUUUGGUGCUGAAAGUGCUCACAAACCUUAAGGGCAGUGAGAUUGAGCAGGCUGUGCAGUCACUGGACAGAAACGCCAUCGACUUGUUAAUGAAAUACAUUUACAAAGGGUUUGAGAAACCCACAGAAAAUAGCAGUGCAAUGUUACUUCAGUGGAAUGAAAAGGCCUUAGCUGUGGGAGGACUAGGCUCCAUUAUAAGAGUUCUUACAGCAAGAAAGAGUGUUUUAAAAAAAGACUUAUGUUACCUUGAGAAGAAUUUUGGAUAUCCAGGCUGACGAAGAAGGGACUGACAAUGGACUAUCUUCCUAGGAACUCCCAACUAAUUAUUUCAGGACACAUAUCUGCUAAAAUGUAUUUUAUUUACAAGGUGGAGGGAGAAAUUGUCUUGUUUCCUAAACCCUUUGCAGGAUCUGAG